GUCAAUAGUUUAAGUCCAGGUUAUGGGAACCAGAAUGGGGAGUGAAUUGAUAUGGACUACAGUGUGGGGAUGAGGAUGAGGAUGGAAACAGGGAAGUUGACAGCCUCUUCCUUGCUCUCAUGAGCAAAGCAGGAAGAGGGCAAUGGCAGCGGCAGGCAGCAGCAGCAGGGCUCGGCCGGGUGUUGUCCAUGAUGUGACGCCUAGAUAAUCCUAAUAACACACCAGGAAGUGUGCAGGCAAUCACACGUUAACCCAGAGGACAGCUGAUGGACACCACUCUGCCAAAAGCGACCUGUUUACCGCAGCAGUUCUCGCCGUUGCAGCGCGUUUGAAUUUGAGACACCAGGUGAAGAACAGCGCAGGUACAGACGACAAGAGCACACACAGCAUGGCUGAGGACAUGAAGACUCUGGAGGAAAACUUCAGGCAGCAAAAUAAAAGCUGUUUCAUCCUCGGGGCCUCUGGGGAGACGGGCAGGGUGCUGCUUCGAGAGCUGCUGGAGCGCAACAUCUUCUCCAAGAUUACUCUCAUAGGAAGGAGACAGCUCACCUUCGAGGGCAAGGAGUAUGAAAGGCUGGCACAAGAGGUGGUGGACUUUGAGAAGCUUGAUGAGCAUGCCGCUGCUUUCCAAGGUCAUGAUGUUGGCUACUGCUGCCUUGGAACAACCAGAGCAAAAGCAGGAGCUGAAGGGUUUGUCCGCGUUGAUCAUGACUAUGUUCUGAAAUCAGCAGAGCUCGCCAAGUCUGGAGGCUGCACACACUACCAUCUGUUGUCCUCCAGAGGAGCUGAUAAAACCAGCAACUUCCUCUACCUCAAAGUCAAGGGACAAGUGGAAGCAGAUACUGAGGCGUUGGGUUUUGACAAGUAUGCUAUUUACAGACCAGGGGUUUUGCUGGUAGAUAGGCAGGAGAGUCGACCUGGCGAGUGGCUGACUAGGAAAUUCUUCGGUGCCUUUUCUUCUGUCUGUUCCACGUCCAUGGCGAUUCCAAUCGAAGCGGUGGCAAAAGCCAUGGUGUCAAACACUCUGAUUCAACUUGAGCACAAGACGGAAAUCCUUGAGAACAAAAAAAUUGCCAGUCUGGGUAAGAGUGCAGGAAAAUAAGAAGAGGGGGCAAGCAAGAAAUAGACUAAGGAUGAAGUCCCCAGAGAAACUUGAGAGACAGAUUUCAGGAAGACUUCCCAUGUGACCACUGGCUCCAAACUAUUCAUUUCAUUUUCUCUUUUCAGAUCAUUUCAGGAGAUAUAGAGAAGGCUACACACAACAUACAAUAAUGACUUCAUCAUCGUCAUCAUCGUCAUCAUGUUAAAGGAAUUACAUAUUAGGCCUACUCAAAAAUAUACAUCAAGUUAUCCAUGAAUGCGGUUGUUGAAAAAAAAAUGUUUCUAUGAAAGUAUUUCCUGUAGUGUGUGUGCUGUCUGAAGCUUGAAUGUUUAUGGAGAAAACAUCUUGUGAAGCAAGCAAAAUAUUUAACAAAUCCUGAAAUUGUAUUUGAUUUCUUUGCUUCCAUCUUGAUAGAUAUGUAAUAUUUUCAUAAGAGAACUAUUGUAAGGGCUUUCUGAUGUUUCCCAUUUGUGCUCUGAAAAAAUGCACUGAACAACUGCCUUAAUGUUGUUAUAAAGGUAUACUCUACUCUAGAUUAAAAUAAUGGAUGUUUUAAUAUGUUUUCAUUGCAUUAUUAUACAUAUUUAACUCCGUAUGUAUACAAAUAAAAAAAAAUCCAUAAUGGCUGUGUCAACAUUAAUAUCUAGUGUCUAUAUCUGUGUAGUCUAUAUUUCUAGCAUAUACACUAUAUCUUUGGGAUGAUAUAUUUCAGGUAAUAUUCAAUAUUUGCUCCCUUUUGAUUGAACCCCAUUCUGUCCCAACCCACAGUCCCACAGUGGCAGUUUCUGUCGUUGGAAGUGAGACCCAGAAAUAAAUGUUUCCUCCACAUAGCACGUUUAAUUCUGUACCUUCGCAAUGCAAACAUGCCACAAAGCUAUGGUCUUUUAUCCCCCAAUGAACACCUUGAUUAUACAUUUUAAAAGACUGCUAAAUGAUGUUUACAAAACAAAGUUUUUUAUGUCAUGUUCAUACACACAUUUUAGAGCCCCACUUGAAAUAAAUGUGAAAGAUUCCCCCUCAAAGAUUUGUAUGAAUAACUUGAUUUUUGAACGGUGGUGACUAUAAAACCUCUAAUCAAGUAGAUCACAAGCCUAUUAUAACAGCAAUAAAGUAAGCACAAUAAGAGGACAUUAUG